GUAGGAAUCUGGCGCCAAAGAAUUAAUCGGCACGUCAUUGUGAAUUUGCUCUUGAGCGAAGCGAACCAGGGAGAAUCGCAGGGUCGACGGACGGCGAACCAUGGACGCUCCGGCACCGGCGGAGCUUACGGUGACGCAGCGAAAUCAAAGGAUGGUGGAGUCUGAGGUUGCUCGGAUUUACGACUUUUUCUUCCGGUCUCCUCGCACCGCGCAAGAAUUCAUGUUGGAGCUUCAACGUGAAAAUCAUAUCGAAUAUCUUACCAAUGGUCUCGAUCAUCUGGGACCCUCGUUUCGCGUACUGGAUGCCAAUCGUCCUUGGAUUUGCUAUUGGAUUCUGCAUUCAAUUGCUCUACUGGGAGACUCUGUACAUGCUGAACUGGAGGCUAGGACCAUUGACUUUCUUAAUCGUUGUCAAGAUCCAAAUGGUGGAUAUGGAGGUGGACCUGGACAGUUACCUCACCUAGCAACAACUUAUGCUGCAGUGAACUCACUUGUCACAUUGGGCAGUCAUGAAGCUUUGUCGUCAAUUAAUAGACAUAAACUAUACACCUUUUUGCUGCAGAUGAAACAACCUAGUGGAGGCUUCAGAAUGCAUGAUCAAGGAGAAAUAGAUGCCCGUGCUUGCUACACUGCAAUUUCUGUUGCUAGUAUAUUGAACAUCUUGGAUGAUGAACUGGUUCAAAAUGUUGGAAAUUACAUUUUAAGUUGUCAAACUUUUGAAGGUGGCAUUGCAGGAGAACCUGGAUCUGAAGCUCAUGGUGGGUACACCUUUUGUGGUUUGGCUACUAUGAUUCUGAUCAAUGAGGUUCACCGGUUGGACUUGCGGAGUUUAGUUGAGUGGGUGGUGUUUCGUCAAGCUGGUUUAGAGUGUGGAUUUCAAGGGAGAACAAAUAAGUUGGUAGAUGGUUGCUAYUCGUUCUGGCAGGGAGGUGUGUGCUCGAUAUUACAAAGAUUAAGUUUGAAUAUUGAUAAACCAUCGGUUCGAUCUGAUGCUCAAGAAGAAGGCUCUUCUAUCAACAGCCUGUUAACUGGUACAGGUACUUCUCAAAAGGUCAAUUUAAAUGAUAUUGGUUAUGAGUUUAUCAAGAAGCUUCCAAGUAGUCAACCUCUUUUCAACWGCUUAGCCUUGCAGCAAUACAUACUUCUAUGCGCGCAGGUGCCAGAGGGUGGACUAAGAGACAAACCUGGGAAGCCAAAAGACUACUACCACACAUGUUAUUGCCUGAGUGGCCUCUCAUUAUGUCAGUAUAGCCUGUCGAAGGAAGAUUCUCCGCCACUCCCCAAGGCGGUAGUCGGCCCCUAUUUUAACCUCUUGGAGCCUGUCCAUCCGCUUUACAAUGUUGUCUUUGAACGUUCCAUUGAAGCACUUGAUUUCUUUAGGGGGAAAUAGGUAAUCUCUUCCCCUUCACCUCUCUAUAGCAUACUCUUAGGCCUUAAAACUCAGAUGGCUGUCUACUCUUCCAUUUUCUUGGAUGGGUUUAUCUUGUGUAUGCAUAAUGAUAAUGGAUUUAAUUAGGUUAUGCCAUGAUAUUGAGUUUUUAUCUCAAUGUCCUAAUGUCAUUUUUAGCUACAUCUCUUUCAUUGUUUGUCAAUAUCAUAACCAUGGAGAAGGGACCUUUGUUUGUUUA